CGACAGACCGUGCGCGUUUGUGAGUGUGUGCGUGCGUUUCGCGUCCAACGCCGUCGCGGUUCCGGGACGCCGCCGCCGCCGUCGUCGUCGUUCCGUUCCGUUAUAAUAUCACAACCGAUCAUACGCGAUCGCCGUAUCUGUCUCCCGGCGCUGUACACCGGGAUCGCGGCCGCAAUAAAUAUAAAUAGGAUCCGAUAUUGUUUGUGUUGUGCAACUGACCAAACGCCGACGGUCCCGCAAUAGAGCCUAUAUAUGCUUAUCGGUCGAAGCCCGGCGGCAAUUGCAACUAAAAUAAGGACACCGUGGUCAUGCGCUGUGGCCGGUUAAUAUGCUGAAGGAGAUCCGUAGUCCGGGAUUGGAGUCCGGGUCGGAGCACGGCAACGGUGGUGCUUGUUGCGCCGGUUGUGGCAGAUCCAUCGACGACCGGUACUAUCUGUCUGCCGUGGACAUGUGCUGGCAUAUGGGUUGCUUGCAGUGUGCCGAAUGCAAGGUGCCGCUGGAUGCCGAACUGACGUGCUACUCGAGGCACGGCAACAUUUACUGCAAACAGGAUUACUUCAGACUCUUUUCGAUGAAACGCUGUGCCCGCUGUCUGGCUGGCAUCAGCGCCUGCGACCUGGUGAUGCGAGCCAGGGACCUCGUGUACCACGUCGAGUGUUUCGCCUGUUACGCGUGCGGUGCAAUACUGUGCAAAGGCGACUAUUACGGGAUCCGCGAUGGAGCCGUGUACUGCCGGUUGGACUAUGAGCGACUUAAGCACAGGGACUUGUGCGAACUGGAGCCUAUGUGCAGCCCACCCCGAGCCGCGGGUCACCACUGGCCGGCCGCUCACAAGGGGAGGCCUCGGAAAAAAAGAAACGUCCAGCUGUCACCGAUGACUACCGAGUGCAACGGUCUCACCGAACUCAAUGUCCUAAGGAUACCGCAAUCCACUCUGGAAGUCAUGCAAGCCACGGACCUAUCGUCGUCGAUGGAGUCGUUGACAUACGAGACGUCCAGCUUGUCUUCGCCGACCAAUCCGUCGACGGCCGGCGCAAUGUCACAGCAACACCACCAGCAGCAGCAGGGCCGUACUAAGCGUAUGCGUACUUCGUUCAAACACCACCAGCUGCGCACUAUGAAGUCGUACUUCAACAUCAACCAGAACCCCGACGCCAAAGACCUGAAACAGCUGGCCCAAAAGACCGGCUUGUCCAAACGAGUACUACAGGUGUGGUUCCAAAACGCCAGAGCCAAAUGGCGGAGAAACAUCACAAGGCAGGAGAACAAUCAACUGGUGGCCAGUUCCAUUUCCGGGCAAAAUCAAUCGACGCCAUCCGAUCCCGACCUCAUCCGGGGACACACUCAGGGUUCGCAGGGUCUCAAUUUUGUUGAUCUGUUUUGAAACCGUCUUUGUCCGAACGGCGAUUUCUUGUAUUUCAAUUUUGUAACAAUACAAUAAUAUUCAAAAAACCUUAGGAGAGAAAACCCAAUACGCUUACCAAAUAUUAUAUUAAAUAGAUCCUAUUAGCGCGACAAAACACGUAAAAGUAUAGUGUUCCUCAAACGAGAAACCACUUGUCCUCUACAUAAAUAAUUAUUGUUAUUACUACUUUAAUUUAAAACUAUAUUCUUACUAUCGUGACUCGUGCACCUCUGUGCUAUAAGAAACGGAACAGAGCGUACAGAUUUAUGCGCGGUAUGUUUUUGGCACAUAUCUUUCGAACAAAUAUUAUACUUAUACUAUAUACUAUUACCUAUAUAUCCUGUCCGUAAUGGGAGAGAGCUUUUGUUUUGGCGGUAUAACAGUUUUACUCCACCGUAUGGUUUGUUUCUAGGAUUUAUAGUUAUUAUUAUUACAAAUAAAGAGCUUCUGUAAUGUUUAAAUCGAUAUCAUAUUUUCUUACAUCUUAGCAUUAUUAUGUAUUGCCGGAACAAUAGUAGGUAGGUACCUAUAUUGUCGAGACUCAACGAUGAGUUGGGCGUUAAACCAAAGAUUAUGCGUUGUAUUAAAAGCUUAAGAAAAUUAUGCCACAUAUAGUUUUUGUAUUUCACAAAUCGUACCUGUAACGAAAUCAAAACAUUUACACCUGGGACACUUGCCUAGGUCGUAAGUCUAUGUUUUGUAUCAUGGCGCUAAAGCCGUAAUUACGCCACUGCUUUACUGUCGGAGUCGUGUUGAGGGUUAGGGGAAACGGAUAAAUUUCCAGUAGUUAUAUUAUUAUAAUUGUUUUAUUUAAAAAAAAAAUUGUUGAGAUCAGUAAAUGAGGAACUGCUGUCUAUUAUUGCAUCUGAGUACACACGUCUUCAAAAGCUCUCUCGUCAAAAUAUUCUACAAACUUUUUCUGUCCACAACGCUAUGUUAUAUUGAUCUUGUCACGUUCUAGUCAAAUUAUUAUUUAUUAUAUUAAGGUUACUAUUUAUUAAUAGUAUAGAUAUACGUAGACAAAAUAUUGAUGUGUGUAUUAGUUGAAAUAAUUAUAUUAUAAUUAUAUUAGCUAUGCGUGAUUGUACAAACGCGUAUUUUGUUGGAUUUUUAAACGCGACAUCAACAAAGAAAUAAAAAUGAACAUCUAUAUUAUGGUUAUUACUGUACCUAAUAUUAUAGUAUAAUGUAAAACUCGAUGUUAAAAGU